AGACUCUUAGCAAAGAUAGGGAGGCGUUCCUGAAUAGUUCUGAGGUCAUAUGUCCCUAUUGCUGCUGCACCCUUUCGGGGGCUGAUGUGAUGAAUGAUCAUACAUGGAGGAACCAUCUCAAACAUGAUCUGGAUGCAUAUGUCUGCCUGUUUGAAGGAUGCGCCAAAGGAGAUGUUUUAUAUAGUUAUAGUGAGGAAUGGCUGAACCACAUGCGCGAGCAUAAGGUCCGAUGGCGCUGCACGGCCAAGGCUCAUGGCAUCCUUAUAUUCAAGGAUAAAGUCGACUAUCUGGACCAUAUCCUGAGCAAACAUAAAGGAGCCGAGUCUCAUCUGGAUUCUCUGACUGAUCCUGGCAGUCAGCCGUCUAGCUCUCUCUUUGUAACCUGCCCACUAUGCAACGCCGAGGCAGCCACCUUGAAUAUCCCUUUAGAAGACCAUAUCGCGAGUCAUCUCCGCUAUCUGGCCCUCAAGUCACUGCCGUUCGUGGACUGUGACGAUCAAAGUCCCGGGACGAAUCUAUCAGUGCAGUCGAGCGGUGGGGACAUCGGAAGCCGCAGCACACUCGAUGAUGAUUCUGACCGUGGCCUAUCGCUCGACUUUGGCAACGAACACGAUCAGCCGUCAAGUCCGGAUCAUGAUGAAGAGUUGCAUCUUUCUUCACUGGCUCGAUCAGAGGGGGAAGAGACCUUUUCCGAUCGCGAAGACAGUGCCUCUCUCCAAAGAGCGGACCCUAUAAUCACCAAGGCAGCAGAGGAGACACGGGAGGAAAGGAUUUUGCGCGAACAGAAGGAAAACCUGGAAGAUUUGAAUGCUAUCAACAACCCUAAAAUACUCCAAAAGCUUGCAGCGGAAGCUGCACAAACGGAGGCUAUCAUCACCCAGACAGAGACCAAAAUAGCAGCAGAAAAUGCGACAGAUGAAGGUGCAGAAGCUCUCGCCGCUGCGAACCCGCCACUUCCAGAGAAAAAGAAGUUGAUCAAGUUCACGGAUGCCGUGGGCAGAAGACUUUCCCUUCCGUUCCACUUAUGCUGCACCUGGGAGGUAAAACUAGUCUUCUUGUGGUAUGAUAGCCAUCAUGACUGAAUAUAACUUUAGGGUAUGGAACAGCUUAUUCGCCAAGCAUUU